GCGGCGGGACUUCCGUUGUCCUCCUUGUGGCGGUCGUUUUGGCAUUUGUCUGGACUGUUUACUUGGUAGAAAGCCCCGGAGCGCUGGGUCAGCAUCAUCCGUGACUGACUGAGAAGUUGCGAGAGGAGUCUUCCCCGCUGCACAGAGGCGUGGCUGAGGCUCGGCGGCGCCCAGGGCACUCCGGCCCGGCCCGGCCCAGCCCGGAAUAAGGACAUCCUCUCUGGCCCCGCUCCGCCCACAGAGUCAGAUGGCGGCGGCCGAGCUGACGGCUCCGGCCCAGGGCAUUGUGACCUUUGAGGACGUGGCUGUGUACUUCUCCUGGAAGGAAUGGGGUCUUCUUGAUGAGGCUCAGAAAUGCCUAUACCACGAUGUGAUGCUGGAGAACUUGACACUUACAACCUCCCUGGGUGGUUCUGGAGCAGGGGAUGAGGAGGCAUGUUAUCAGCAGAGCACUUCUCCACAGCGGAUGUCACAGGUUAGGAUUCCUAAGGCCCUUCCUUCUCCCCAGAAGACCAGCCCGUGUGAGAUAUGUGGCCCAGUCUUGAGAGAGAUUUUGCACUUGGUUGAACACCAGGGAACACACCAUGGUCAGAAACUGUAUACAGACGGGGCAUGUAGGAAACAAUUACAAUUUACUGCAUACCUUCAUCAGCACCAGAAGCAGCAUGUUGGACAGAAACACUUCAGAAGCAAUGGGGGCAGAGACAUGUUUUUGAGCAGCUGCACAUUUGAAGUAUCUGGGAAGCCCUUCACUUGUAAGGAGGUUGGGAAGGAUUUCCUGGUGAGAUCAAGAUUUCUUCAGCAACAGGCUGCCCACACCAGAAAGAAGUCAAACAGAACCAAGAGUGCAGUGGCCUUUCACAGUGUAAAAAAUCAUUACAACUGGGGAGAAUGUGUGAAAGCUUUCAGCUACAAACAUGUACGAGUUCAGCACCAGGGAGACCUCAUUAGGGAAAGAUCUUACAUGUGCAGUGAAUGUGGGAAAUCUUUUAGCACAAGCUGUAGCCUCAGUGAUCAUUUGAGAGUUCACACUUCAGAAAAACCUUAUACAUGUGGGGAAUGUGGGAAAUCCUAUAGGCAAAGCUCUAGCCUUAUUACGCACCGAAGAAUUCACACUGGAGUAAGACCUCAUCAAUGUGAUGAAUGUGGAAAAUUAUUUAACAGGAAGUAUGACCUUCUUAUACAUCAGAGAGUUCAUACUGGAGAAAGGCCUUACAAGUGCAGUGAAUGUGGGAAAUCCUUUAGCCAUAGCUCUAGCCUCAUUACACACCAGAGAAUUCAUACUGGAAUGAGGCCUUAUGAGUGCAAUGAAUGUGGGAAAUCUUUUAUCCAUAGUUCUAGCCUUAUUACACACCAGAGAGUUCACACUGGUACAAGGCCUUAUAUGUGCAGUGAAUGUGGGAAAUCCUUUAGCCAGAGCUGUCACCUCGUUAAACACCGGAGACUUCACAUUGGAGAAGGGCCUUAUGAGUGUAGUGAAUGUGGGAAAUUGUUUACUUAUAGAUCUCGUUUCUUCCAACACCAGAGAGUUCAUACUGGAGUAAGAUCUCAUGAAUGUCAUGAAUGUGGAAAAUUAUUUAGCAGGAAAUUUGACCUCAUUGUACAUGAGAGAGUUCACACAGGAGAAAGGCCGUAUGAGUGCAGUGAAUGUGGAAAAUCCUUUACCUGUAAAUCCUACCUCAUCUCACACUGGAAAGUUCAUACUGGAGCAAGGCCUUAUGAAUGUGGGGAAUGUGGGAAAUCAUUUACCCAUAGCUCUACACUCCUUCAACACCAGAGAGUUCACACUGGAGAAAGGCCUUAUGAGUGCAGUGAAUGUGGGAAGUUUUUUAGCCAGAGUUCCAGCCUCAUUAGACAUAGGAGAAGUCACACUGGAGAAAGGCCUUAUGAGUGCAGUGAGUGUUGGAAAUCCUUUAGUAACCACUCUAGCCUUGUUAAACACCGAAGAGUUCAUACCGGAGAAAGGCCUUAUGAAUGCAGUGAAUGUGGAAAAUCCUUUAGCCAGAGCUCUAACCUCACUAAUCACCAGCGAAUUCACAGUGGGGAAAGGCCUUAUGAGUGUAGUGACUGUGGAAAAUUUUUUACCUUCAACUCCAACCUCCUAAAACAUCAGAAUGUUCACAAGGGAUAAAGGUUAGGUAACACACAUAGGGCUGUUAUGGACUGAGAAAUGUCCCUGCAAAAUUCAUAGACAUAAAUAAAUAAAUAUGUAUUUUCAAUAACCAUGCUUUAUAUUUAGUAUAUGUUCUCUGAAUUUUGUUUUAUACAAAUAAGUUUAUAUGUGUACAUACUACUUUGUCUCUCAUAUCCACACAUAAAACCAAAUGGUUUCUUUUUUAAAAAAGUUAUUUGUUUUUAAAUGGACAAGUUAUAAUUGUACAUGUUCCUGGAGUACAUAGUGAUGUUUUCAUACCUAUAAUUUAGAGUGAUCAGAGUAAUUAGCACAUCCAUCACCUCAAACAUUCAUCAUUCCUUUAUAUUGGGAACAGUCAGUCUCAAUUGCCAUUCUCCUCCUAACAACUUGAAAUUAUAUAUUAUUAACUUUAGUUCUCCUGUAGUGGUAUAGAACACGAGAACUUAUUCCUCCUGUCUAGUUGUAAUUUUGUAGCUUUUAACCAAUCUUUGUCUAUUCCUGCCUACCCACUACCCUUCCCAGCCUCUAGUAUCCUCUGUUCUACUUUUUACUUCUAAGAGAUCAACUUUUUUUGUGUGUGGGGGUGUGGGGGUGGGGGACAGUCUUGCUUUGUCUCCCAGGCUUUUUUUUUUUUUUUUUUUUUUUUUGAGAUGGAGUUUCACUCUUUUUGCCCAGGCUGGAGUGCAAUGGCAUGAUCUUGGCCCACCGCAGCCUCUGCCUCCCAGGUUCAAGAGAUUCUCCUGCCUCAGCCUCCUGAGUAGCUGGGAUUACAGGCAUGCACCACCACCCCGGCUAAUUUUGUAUUUUUAGUAGAGACAGGGUUUCUCCAUGUUGGUCAGGCUAGUCUUGAACUCCCGACCUCAGGUGAUCCACCCGCCUUGGCCUCCCGAAGUGCUGGGAUUACAGGCGUGAGCCACCGCACCCGGCUUUUUUUUUUUUUUUUUUUAAAGCUUCCGCAUAUGAGUGGGAAUGUGCAUGUUUAUGUUCCUGGCUUAUUUCACUUAAAUAAUGUCCUCCAUUUCCAUCCAUGUUGCCUCAGGUGACAGGAUUUCAUUCUGUUCUUUGAAUAGUAUUCCUUUGUGUGUAUAAACCACAUUUUCUUUAUCCAUUUAUCUGUUGUUGGACAUCUAGGUUGAUUCCAUAUUUUGGCUAUUGUGAAUAGUGCUGCAGUAAAUGGGGGUGUAGAUGAGUCUCCAAUGUGCUGAUUUUCUUUCCUUUGGAUAAAUUCCCAGUAGGGGGAUUGCUGGAUGAUAUGGUAGUUGUGUUUGUAGUUUUUUUUGUUUUGUUUUGUUUUUUGAGACAGAGUCUCAUUCUGUUGUCCAGGCUGGAGUGCAGUGCUGUGAUCUCGGCUCACUGCAACCUCCGCCUCCUGGGUUCAAGCGAUUCUCCUGCCUCAGCCUCCUGAGUAGCUGGGAUUACAGGUGCGUGCUACCACCCCGGCUAAUUUUUGUAUUUUUAGAAGAGACGGGGUUUCACCAUGUUGGUCAGGCUGUUCUUGAACUCCUGACCUCGUGAUCCGCCUGCCUCAGCCUCCCAAAGUGCUGGGAUUACAGGCCUGAGCCAUCGCGCCCGGCAUAUUUGUAGUUUUUAGAGGGACCUCAAUACUGUUCUCCAUAAUGGCUAUACUAGUUUGCAUUUGCACCACCAGUGUCUGAGUUCCCUUUUCUUGUAUUUUGUUGGGGGUUUUUUUUUUUUUUUGAGAUGGAGUCUUUCUCUGUCGCCCAGGCUGGAGUACAGUGGCGUGAUCUUGGCUCACUGCAACCUCCAUCUCCCAGGUUCAAGCUCUUCUCCCUCAGUCUCCUGAGUAGCUGGGAUUAUAGGCACGCACCGCCAUGCCUGGCUAAUUUUUGCAUUUUUAGUAGAGACAGGGUUUCACCACGUUGGUCAGGCAGUCUCGAACUCCUGAGCUCGUGAUCCACCCAGCUCGGCAUCCCAAAGUGCUGGGAUUACAGGUGUGAGCCACCACGCCUGGCCAUGAGUUCCCUUUUCUCUCCAUCCUUGCCAGCAUCUGUUUUUGUCUUUUUGAUAAUAAUUAUCCUAAACGGGGAGAGUGAUACCUCAUUGCGAUUUUGAUUUGCAUUUCCCAGAUAGUGAUGAGUGUGUUUUAAUAUAUUUUUUGACCGUUUGUAUGUUGUCUUUUGAAAAAUGCCUAUUCAGGUCGUUUGACAUUUUUAAAUUGGAUUGUUUGAGGGUUUCUUUGCUGUUGAAAUACUUCAGUUGCUUGUGUAUUGUAUUCUGGCUUUAUUUUUUUUUGAAACGGAGUUGCUCUGUUGUCCACACUGGGGUGCAGUAGCACGAUUUCAGCUCACUGCAACCUCUGCCUCCCGGCUUCAAGCAAUUCUCCUGCCUCAGCAUCCCGAGUAGCUGGGAUUACAGAUGUGUGCCACCACACCCAGCUAAUUUUUGUAUUUUUAGUAGAGACGGGUUUUUGCCAUGUUGGCUAGGCUGGUCUCAAACUCCUGACCUCAAGUGAUCUGCCCACCUUAGGCUCCCAAAGUGCUGGGAUUACAGGCAUGGCCACUGCAUCUGGCCUCUUUCUGAUUCUUGACAUUUUCCUUACACUGUCACUGAGUGGGUUCUACAUCAGAAAAAGAAGAAUAGACCAGGUGUAGUGGCCGAAUCCUAUAAUGCCAGCACUUAGGGAGGCCGAGGCGGGAGGAUUGCUUGAACUGAGGAGUUUGAUACCAGCCUGGGCAACAUAGCAAAACCACAUCUCUACAAAAAAUACAAAAAUUAGCCGGUUGUGGUGGUGCAUGCCUAUAGUCCCAAUUACUCUUGAAGGCUGAGAUGGGAGGAUCACUUGAACCUGAGAGGUUGAGACUGCAGUGAGCCUUGAUCAUGCCACUGCACUUCAGCCUUGGCAACAGACUGAGACGCUGUCUCAAAAAGGGGAAAAAAAUAGAAUGUGGAAAUAAGCAGAUUUCAAAUGGGAGGUGAAAAAGAAGCUUUUCAUUGUUCAAACCAUAUUGCUAAGUGAGAAAAAGUACAGAUCUGUAUAGAAUCUAUGACUUUUUUUUCCUAUAAGAUGAAAAACUUGUAACAUAAUUGACACACAGAAUAAUGAGCAAAGGGAGACACAAUUCUAUAAGGAUAAUACUAUACUGCAGGUUUCACCUUCUGUUUUUACUUAUUCAUUAAAUUAUUUAUUUAGAGACAGAGUCUUGCUCUGCUGCCCAGGCUGGCCUCAAACUCCUUUGCUGAAGUGAUCCUCCCUCUAAGCCUCCCAAGUAGGUAGGUGAACAGGCACAACUUUUCUCCACCUUGGUAUUGUUCAAUGUUUUUAAUAAAGAAAAAAAAAUCUCAUUUUAAUGACAAAACCAACAAGGGGGCCGUUUAUAAUCACAUGCUGACCUUAAUUCCAUCUCUUCUUAGACAUCACUGUUAAAACUUCUGGGCCGGGCGAGGUGGCUCACGCCUGUAGUCCCAGCACUUCGAGAGGCCACCUCGGGUGGAUCACCUGAGGUGAGGAGUUUGCGGCCAGCCUGGCCAAAAUGGUGAAACCUUGUCUCUACUAAAAAUACAAAAAUUAGCUGAGUGUGGUGGCGGGCACCUGUAAUCCCAGCUACUUGAGAGGCUGAGGCAGGAGAAUGAAUUGCUUGACCCAGGAGGAGGAGGUUGCAGUGAGCUGAAACUGCGCCAUUGUACUCCAGCCUGGGCAACAAGAGUGAAACUCCUUCUCAAAACAAAAAACAAAAAAAAAAACCCUGUAAAGUCAGCUGGGAGCAGUGACUUAUGCCUAUAAUGUCAGCAUUUUGGGAGAACGAGGCAGGCAGAUCAGAGGUCAAGAGUUCGAGACCAGUCUGGCCAACAUGGUGAAACCUUGUCUCUACUAAAAAUACAAACAGCUGGGCGUGGUGGCAGGCAUCUGCUAUCCCAGCUACUUGGGAGACUAAGGCAGGAGAAUCGCUUGAACCCGGGAGGUGGAGGUUGCAGUGAGCCGAGAUGGCGCCACUGCACUCCACUCUGGGACAGAACGAGACUUUGUCUCAAAAAAAAAAAAAAAAAAGAAAGAAAAAGAAAACUUCUGUGAAGUGUAAAUUUUUUUCACCAUCCACUCAUGUUUCAAUAGAGCUAUUUCUGUCAUCGCAUUUAUUAGAUAGUCGUUGGUAAUAAGUUUCUGUAACUGGCAUUUCACCUCUUUUUCUGGUGUCAUAUUAGUUCCUCAUGCAGAACACUCCCCGCUGUCACAAGAGAAACGAAUGAUAAUCACUUCCCAGGAAAGAUACAAGCUUGAUUAUUUAACAUACGCCCAGUGUCUCCGGGUGGAGAUUAUCACCACCAUUACCAAUACCAAGCUGAGAUUUCUCUCAUCAUUCUUUACCUGAGACUGACUUCAAGUUCCUAAAAUGAGUUGAAAAUAUAAGUUAGAAUACCAAGUAAGGGAUAUUACAUGAAUAAAUGUUUUGCUCAAUGAACUGGACACAAUAAUUGACUAUAUAAGCAGGAGAGUUGUUUUUCCGUGGGAAUGACUGAUUCACCUUUGUACUCUUGCUUUAGCCUCUCCUCUAUCUUCCUUGACAUGGUCCUAUCUGGAUUAGUGCUCUUGUCCCUGGCAGACUGAAAAACCAACUCUAAUGCCUCAGAGUGAGGCAGGAGAAUAGGGAAUUAGGGUAACCAAGGAUGAAGGCAGAAGCAAAAGAACAGCAGGUGCAGCUAGUUCUAGGCAGGAUGAGGCAGCACACAGGCCACAUCCUCACUCCUGUGGUAACAAGACAGAAGUCUCCACUUCAGCCCCUGAUUGGUUGUGCACCAACCCUUCAUAGGAUGGGAGGCCUUUAAAGAGCUCUUGGGGUAUUAUAAAAUUCUAGCUUAUUAAUGGCAAAACCGGCAAUUACUUUUGCACCAACCUAAUAAAACCCUAAAAAACAUUGUAAUUGGGGUUCUUGAGCCGCUUGGUCGCCUGCUCCCACACCUACAUUCCACUUCUGUGGAGUGUACUUUCACUUCAAUAAAUCUGCGCUUUCAUUG